AUGACAUCUGCCAAAACAAGCGGCGAUCAAUAUCGCAGCUACCAAGAUGAUCGAUCAGCAAAAUCCCAAGACACUGUCUACACAACAAGUAAUGGUGCUCCCAUGCCUCAUCCAUACGAGUCGCAGCGUGGAGGUGAAAAUGGCCCAUUGCUUCUGCAAGAUUUCCAUUUGAUUGAUCUGAUUUCCCACUUCGACCGUGAGCGCAUCCCCGAGCGAGUUGUGCAUGCCAAGGGCAGCGGUGCCCAUGGUGUUUUCAAAGCCACGAAGGGUCUCGAGGACCUUUCUAUUGCGGAUAUGUUCACGAAAGGGAAGGAAUGCCCAGUUACUGUCCGGUUCUCGACAGUUGGUGGCGAGGCCGGUUCCCACGACUGUGCUCGGGAUCCAAGAGGUUUCUCAGUAAAGUUCAGAACCGAUGAAGGGAACUGGGACUUGGUCGCCAAUAACACUCCAGUCUUCUUUUUAAGAGAUCCAGCCAAGUUUCCCUACUUCAUCCAUACACAGAAGCGGGACCCUUCGACACAUCUGACCCACGCCGACGACUCGACAAUGUUUUGGGAUUAUCUUUCUCAGAAUCCCGAGUCGGUUCACCAGGUCAUGAUUCUCAUGGGCGACAGAGGUAUUCCAGAUGGCUAUCGCCAUAUGCACGGCUACUAUGGCCACACGACGAAGCUUGUCAACAAGACCAGCGAGUGGGUUUACGCUCAAUUUCACAUGAAAAGCAAGCAGGGAACCAAGUUCUUGACUCAAGAACAGGCUGCUGAGAAGGGUCCGGACUACUCGCAAAAAGACUUGUACGGCGCGAUUGAAAGUGGCGACUUCCCAUCAUGGACUCUUGAAGUGCAGACCAUGACUGCAAAAGAAGCUGAAGAGUUAUGGGAAAAGCAGAGAAUCAACAUAUUUGAUCUUACUCACGUCUGGCCACACAAGCAAUUCCCUCUCCGAGAGAUCGGAGAGUACACUCUUAACGAGAAUGCAGUCAACUACUUUGCAGAAAUCGAACAGGCUGCAUUCAAUCCGUCACAUUAUGUACCAGGUAUCGAGCCCUCCGCCGAUCCAGUACUUCAGUCCAGGCUUUUUUCUUACGCUGAUACCCACCGUCAUCGCAUCGGCGUAAACUACCAGCAAUUGCCUAUCAACGCACCCCGUCCCAACUACCGCAUGGCGAACUUCCAGCGCGACGGCGCCAUGGCCUUCAACAACCAAGGAGCAAGACCAAACUACAUUUCCUCGAUCGAGCCCAUCCAUUUCCACGAGCGGAAGACUAAUCUCGACAAGGUCCACGGCCAGUUCACCAGCGACGCCAUUACCUUCCUAUCCGAGAUCCGCCCGGAGGAUUUCAAUGCCCCCCGUGCGCUGUGGGAGAAGGUCUUCGAUGACAAAGCCAAGGAACGCUUCAUCCACAACAUCUCCGGCCACAUGGCCAACUGCAAGAAGGAGGAGAUCAUCAAGCGCCAGAUCGCCAUCUUCCGCGAAGUGUCUGAAGAUCUUGCGUCACGUCUAGAGAAGGCCACUGGUGUGAAGGGAUAUGAUGGUAUUUCUGGCUUGACCUUCAAUGGCACGCACAACGGCAUGGCGAAGGAUAGUGGCAAUAGGGCUGCGAACGGGAUGAGCCGUGCUUCGAUUAGAGCCAGUGGUAACAAUGGUGCCCCCACAAAGGGAGAUCACCAGAUAAAUCGUGCCAAUGGCACGAAUGAUAUUGCUGCUCAUUAG